CCGGGUACUGUAAACACCACAGACCAUCGUAGAAAGCAAAUACAUUCCUGGAGAAUAGGAACUGUAUAAAACUACUAAACAAUGUUUAACUAGUGUGUAAUAUGAACAAAUGUAGAUAUUAGUUCACACAAGUAUUAUCUGAUAAACAUGAUUGGAGGAGACUUUACUUCUGUUUUUCUGGUUAAUAUUACAGGAAGUAUAGAUGAGGGUGAUUUCCCUGGAUUAAAUGACUCCUUAUAUUGUCGUGUCUGCUGGGUGUAUGGUCAGGACUGGAGUGUAACAGCAGGACAAGAAGAGGGACUAUCUCAGAUUGCUGGACAGAGCCAUGAUAGAUUAGCGAGGAUGGUUUGGAACUUCCCUCUAGAUAUAACCUUCAAAUCUACAAGUCCUCAUGGAUGGCCCCAGGUGGUUUUAGCAGUUUAUGGCCCGGACACUCUAGGAAAUGAUGUAGUAAGAGGAUAUGGGGCGGUUCAUGCUCCUCUAGCUCCGGGUAGACAUAGAGCUCGAGUUCCGAUGUUUGUACCUGAGUCGACCAGCCGGCUACAGAAGUUGGCCGGCUGGUUUCUAGGACGGAGACCAGAGUUUGUAGAUCCCAGGGUUGUAGCCAGUGGUCAGGGGAGGGAUGUAACUAGAGUUCGGAGUCAGGGGCACAUAACCAUAUCAUUCAAUAUGAUUUGUAAAGACCUGAGCAAGCUAGGGUAUACAAGCAGUACCAAGGAUUUAGGAGUACUUAGAGCUCCUUUUGCGGAGGGGAGGGGUGAGCUGACCAUCCCAGGAGGAGGAGGAGGAGGAGAAGGAGGAGGAGGAGGAGGAGCAGCAGGACUAGAGGAUAUACAGGAGGAAAGGGAGGAGGUGGUAACUGCAGGACUGGAGAAUCUCUCUAUUUCCUGAUCAAACAUAAACCAUUCAUUUAUCCGUCAUGCAUCCAUGCAUGGGAAUUCUUCUAUGCAUGCACAGUUUUGCAUUUCUUAAAUUAAAAAUAAAAGUAUUUGAAUGAAAUACGAAAUUGUAUUGUUAAAUAAAAAUUAACAUGUUA